AUGCUUGCUUGGGAGGGUGCCAUUUUGGCGGGAGCUUUCCUGGUCGCCAUCGCUCAUGUGGCUGCGAGCGCUUACAUGAUGGAACGCUUUGACGAGCGGACACGGCGCACCAGCCUGGUUCGGUAUUACCAACAACGUACAGAGCUGGCGGCGGAGGCUGUACGGCACCUGCAGGAGUCAAUCGACUACUACUCGCGUCACACAGCCGCAGUGGAGCGCCAGCUGGAGUGCAGUACGGCAGGCUCCAGAGAGUGUCGUAGACGACUGGCGGAGCGGCGGCGGCAGUUGGAGGCGGAGGUGACGGCGAGCCUGGCGGGCGGCGGCAGCGGAGGAGGAGGAGGAGGGCCUCUGGCAGCGGCUCUGGCACCGUGUCGGGCGCUGUACUUAAGAUGGCAGUUAGACCGCUGGCGACGGGAGUUAGAGCACUGGGACGCAGGCGCACACCAUUUAGAGCAGUCGCUGGCUCACGACCAGCGGCUUGUCAACACGGCCCGGGACAAGCUCCGGUCUCUCGUUCGAGAACUCCGCAAAGAGGCGACCACGUACGACACCCUGUACUCGCGGCUACAGGCCUGGCGGAACUACAGCUGCCGUACGGUGGUAUUUUCUGGGGGCGGCCAGCUGCCGACGAUAUUGCCGGAGCUGGGCCUGUACGGCAGCGCUGAGGAGCCUCGUCGUCGCCACCGGGGCGGCCAAGGCACGGAUUCCGCCGCCGACGGCGACGGCGACGGGAAUAAAGACGAUGUGGCGGAUGGGGAUGGCUGUAACACUGACGUCACCGCUAGCGGCGGGGUCUGUGAGGUUGGCGGCGGCGGCGGCGGCGGCGGCGGCGCCGGGGGUACAGAAUCCAGCGGCAGUGCGGUGAUAUGGUGUUGGACAAUGCAGAUUUACACUCCACGAUGGAUGGAUGACGAUGAUGACGCGGGACUGGACCUCCUGUCAUCGACACCACGUGGGGCGGAGGCGCCCGGUGAUCGAGAGGAGGACGAUUAUGAUGAUGAUGAUGAUGAGGAGGAGGAGGAGGGGGAGGGCGGCGAGCAUGGGGCCGGCGGCAGUGGCGGCCUUCCCGGUUUUUUAGCGGAGCUAUGGGGCCUCGGCGGGACGCACCGCUCGUAGAGGUCAUCGUAGGACCGUAGCGCUGACUACUAGACGUGUAUCGUUUCUUGGCAGGGCCCAAUGCUGUCCAAAUGUCUAUGUUCUUAUAGUGGUAAAUCGCUGCUCUAAAAACGAACGUGUCCGCUUGCCAGAUUGUAAGGCAGUUAGAAAGUCAAUAGAAAGUCGAGGUCUUGUGGCUUGAGGCUUAUGACCCGCCUGGGUGGGUAUGUGACCCGCCUGGGUGGGUAUGGUCGUGGUAAUGGUGGUGUAUAUUAUGUUAGUGGCGGCAAGGAGGGACCUGGAGAGCCGUUCGUGAACGGCGAAAGACAGAAGCACCCAAGCGUUACCCCCGCGCCAAGGUGGUUACUAGCAGGGCCUUUUCUUACGCGCGUGCGUUUUGCUAUGGGGCUGUCAGACAUGAUGUCAGGAGGGCAUAACGAGGAAACCUGUGUAGCUGAUCCGAAACUUGUCCCCGACAAGUUGGGUGUUUGGAUCUCCGGGGCGAAUCGUGACAAAUUCGUGAUAUCCAUUUUCGUAAAGCUCGGCGAAG